AUGGGAAGAGUUUACGGACGUGGAAAAGGUAUUUCAUCAUCAGCUAAGCCAUAUAGAAGACGACCACCAACAUGGAUUAAGUUAAAGCCAUCAGAGGCAGAGGAUUUGAUUACAAAGCUUGCCCGUAAAGGUUUGACUCCAUCUCAGAUUGGUGUUACUCUGAGAGAUUCUCACGGUAUUCCAAUGGUUCAGUCCUUAACAGGUAGUAAGAUUUUGAGAAUUUUGAAAAAGAACGGUUUAGCCCCAGAUAUUCCAGAAGAUCUCUAUUUCUUGAUCAAGAGAGCUGUUUCUAUUCGUAAGCACCUUGAGAAAUUCAGAAAGGAUACCGCUGCUAAAUACAGAUUGAUUUUGGUUGAGUCCAGAAUUCACCGUUUAGCUAGAUACUUUAAGCGUUCAAAACAGCUUCCAGCUAGUUGGAAGUAUCAAGCUGCUACUGCCUCUACUUUGGUUGCAUAA